AUGGGCCGCUCUGUCACUGUCUGGGUGCCUCUUAUGCGUUCUUACAUUGUUAUUGCUCUGCAGGUUUUUGGACUUGGGUUUGGUUGUUGGCUUUCAAACGUUUGGACGGGACAAUGGACCUGCUGCAGCAACAACAGCCUGACAGACUUGUGUUUCUCCUACCUCAAACCACUGUCCGUCAGCCGAGAGAGAGAGUAUGCCUGCAUGCCGGUGCGCAAGAUGGUGACGGGGACGCGAACGUGUCGAACGGACGGUGACUGUGCCAUGCACUACCACGCCUCCAGCAUUUGUGUCACACCUUCUCUGGAGAACCAGACUCGCUUUAUCCGCGUGACACAUCCUCCCAACACCCACAUGCUGUUUGUGGGAUACCCGCCGCACCUUCAGUACGCUGUCAGCCUGACAAACUUUGUUCCUCGGUUCGGUUUCCUCCAUCAGGAUCUGCCCGUCUUCUUGGAGACCUUCUGCAAAUAUGUGGUGUCUCUCUCUGGGGCGUUAGCCGUGGUCAACUCUGUGCCGUGCUUUGCUCUCGACGGCCAGUGGAUGCUCAACGCCCUGCUUGAUGCAACACUGGUUACCGUCGUAACAGACCGGCAAAAGCGAGAGCUGAUUGGAUUCUUCUUGCUGCUGGCGGGCAGCGCUCUGCUGGCAGCCAACGUGGCGUUGGGUCUGUGGAUGGUCCACGGCACGGUAACCACAGCCAUUACCUGCCCGUAAGGUAAAAAUCCACCAGCGGACGCCCGUGUGGACUGGCUUGUGUCAGAAUGCGUUUGACGUGAGCGAACCGUUAAGCUGUGAUCAUACUGGGAAUCGACUGUGUUAUCCAGCAGGAGAAAAAAAUAAAAAACAUUCUGCCUUUAAGGCGUAUAUGGAUUUCCAGGGGAAACGAUACAAUAAACACUUGAUUUCUUCCAACUUUUACUGCCAUAAACAAAAAAGCACAUGGAAAUAAAUAAUGCACUUGGUGUUAAACACAGUUUCCUUUAUAACGGAUGCACAUUCAA